ACGGCCCUAUUUUUAGGCCGCGCCUCUCGCGAAUACAGCUAGCGUCAUAUGGCGGAAUUCUCGCGAACUAAGCUCAAACAAGUUCACAGGGAGUAAUUGGGUGAACCAAUGUGAACUAGCUGAGUUUUAGUUUGUAAAAAUUCCGCCACAUAGCGGUAGUUGUAUUCGAGAGGGGCGUGGCUUAGAGAAAGAGGCGUGGCUUAAAAUAAGACCGUACAAUUAAUUUCAAGGGCCUGCACCCUUCGAGGCCCGAAAAAUGGAAAAUAAUGUAAAAUCGAGAAAAAAAACGGAAAAAAUCAGGGAAAAAUCGGGCUUAAAUCUGGGAUAGUGGAACUGGGUUGCAUUUUUUAGUACUUUAAAGAUCUCUCUCGUUUACCUUGACGUGUGUGGCUCCACGCGCAAAUGCCGUUUGCUGGUAACCCCCCAGUAACCCCAGAAGCGUCAGCAUGAAAUUGCACCUGUAGAAUUGGGGGCAUGAUCCUGUAGGGUUAUACCUGGAGGAACAGGAAUUUAAAAAAAAAGGGGGAAAGUAUUUCGUUGUUGUGCGUAGCAAAAUUACUUAAAAAUAAAAUGCCUGUGCCGUGUUCAGCAAGAUGUGGUAAAAACGCCACUCUGAAAAGACCAAAAACUGGGGAUGCUCUCUGCAAGGAGUGCUUUUUUUGGGCAUUUGAAAUGGAAAUUCAUAAUACUAUUUUAAAUGGCAAGCUCUUCAAAAAAGGUGACAAAGUGGCGAUUGCAGCCUCUGGCGGAAAGGAUUCUACUGUCCUCGCUUAUGUGUUGAAGUUAUUAAAUGAGCGAUAUGAUUACGGUCUUGAUUUAUUCUUGCUCUCUGUUGACGAAGGUAUCACAGGCUAUCGUGAUGAUAGCUUGCAGACCGUGAAGCAAAACCAAACUGAUUAUGAAAUGCCGCUGAAAAUUUUGUCGUACGAGGAGCUGUAUGGAUGGACAAUGGAUGCAAUAGUGGCACAAGUAGGACGCAAAAACAACUGUACAUUUUGUGGGGUGUUCAGACGACAGGCACUGGAUAGAGGCGCGGCUUUAUUGGGUGUUGAUUGUGUUGUCACAGGACACAAUGCAGAUGACAUUGCCGAAACGAUUCUCAUGAAUGUCUUGCGUGGCGAUAUUGCUAGAUUGCAGAGAUGUACCUCCAUCAUCACAACUGGUGCAGACUCAAUAAUGAGGUGUAAGCCACUGAAGUAUACAUACGAGAAGGAAAUAGUCAUGUAUGCUUACUUCAAACGUCUGGUAUAUUUUUCAACCGAAUGCAUCUUUGCCCCUAACGCAUAUCGCGGUCAUGCUAGAAUGUUUCUUAAAGAUCUUGAAAAAAUCAGACCCUCUUCGGUGAUGGACAUCAUUCAUUCAGGUGAGAGAUUGUCUGUAAGAGAAGGGGUCAAAAUGCCAGAAAGGAGAAAUUGUACUCGCUGUGGAUUUGUAUCGAGCCAGGAAGUAUGUAAAGCUUGUGUUUUACUGGAAGGUUUAAAUCGAGGUUUGCCUAGACUUGGAAUAGGAAAAUCAAACAAAGCUAGAUUACUUUUAACGAACAGUGCAAAAGACAAAGGCAAAAAAACACCAAUAGAUUUUUAAGUGUACGACGUAGGCUAGGUAACAAUUAAUAAAACUUUUAUUUUCCAAA